UGCCUUAUCCUCAGCUCGUAAUUCUCGCGUGUCGAUACCCCAAUUGCCCUGCGCUGCUGUUUUCCUGAUACUCUGUUACACACCCUAAUCUCUCUACUCGCCAUAUACCACCGCAAUGACGCCUACACCGUCCGAAGCCGUAGCGAAAGUUGCGCAAGUCGCUUCUAGUACCAACUCGUCCGCAACGGUUUACAAGAGGGAAUCCAACACAGCCAGAGUUUUGGGUGCAGGAUGUGCGGGAAUUGCGGAGCUCAUGGUCUUCCACCCCGUCGACACCACGGCGAAGCGGUUGAUGAGCAACCAGGGCAAGAUUCAAUCGGCAUCACACUUGAACAAGGUCGUCUUUAGGGACGCCGCCUCGGCAACGGUCCCCGCACGAUUUCUAUCUCUGUUCCCCGGUCUCGGAUACGCCGCGGCCUAUAAAGUACUCCAACGCAUAUACAAGUUUGGUGGCCAGCCAUUCGUAAGGGACUACCUUGGGCAACACCAUGGCGAUAGUUUCGACCGCACAUUCGGCAAGGGCAACGGCAAAGCAAUCAUGCACGCGACUGCAGGCUCCAUAAUCGGCAUCGGUGAAAUCGUCCUCCUACCUCUGGACGUGCUUAAGAUCAAGCGACAAACCAACCCAGAAGCUUUCCGGGGACGUGGACUGUUCAGGAUUGUUGCCGAUGAAGGUUUCGGACUGUACCGUGGCUGGGGAUGGACAGCAGCACGCAACGCGCCGGGAUCGUUCGCGCUGUUUGGUGGUUCUGCCGCUGCCAAGGAAUACCUCUACAAGCUCACUGACUACAACUCGGCGUCCUGGUCGCAAAACUUCGUGGCCUCGAUUGCUGGUGCCAGUGCCUCGCUCCUCGUCUCUGCUCCCCUCGAUGUCAUCAAAACCCGAAUUCAGAACAAGAACUUCGAGAACCCCGAGAGUGGCUUCAGGAUCGUCUCCAACAUGAUGAAGCACGAAGGAUUUACUUCGUUCUUCAAGGGACUAACUCCCAAGCUUCUCAUGACCGGACCCAAGCUUGUCUUCUCGUUCUGGUUGGCUCAGACGCUUAUCCCUGCCUUUGGCAAGGUCAUGUAAUGCAUGGUGUUGCGUUUACGUUGAUGUCUGUAAUAUAUGUGGAAUCUGGGUUUACAGGGGCCUUAGAUCUGGGCAGCGGGCUUGCGUCAUGGUAAACGACGUAUAAAGGACCGCAUAUUAUUCUAGCGAAAUAUACAAAAUUCUCCAUUCUC